GUUCUCUGCCAAGUAGCACUGAGCCACCGCCGUGUCGCACCUCGCGACCGACGCAAACUCCACACACAAGAGUCGCCGUUUCUUCACCCUGGGCUCUUCCUCACCUCGCGCCGCUUCGGGACCAGGGUCCAGAUCGCUGCCGGGCUCCAUCGCUCACCGCCUCUUUAGGCCGGCAGGGAAGCCGACACCCAGCGUUGCGCAGGCGCCUCCUGUACCGGCGCGGCCGCUCCCACAGCCCAAACCGGAAGCGCGGUUGGUACUCAGAGGGCAAGGGGCGCGUCUGCGCGAAGGCGAGCCCUGAAGCCUGACGGAGUCCAGUGGGGGCGGGCCGGCGCAUGCGCGCGCGCUCACAGUGGGGAGGGACGUCAGUGCACGAGCCUUGGAGGCGCGGCGGCUGAGAGGGCUCUAGGGGUGUUCGUGCUUUGUGUCCUUGUUCUUUCUCGAGCUCUGGGUUUUCCUGACUCUUCCGAGGUUUAUUCUUGCCCACGGCCCGGAGCUGACGAACCGCCCACUAUGAGCUACCUGACACAGAAUCUGCGGGAGACGAUGAAGAUCGUAAGCAGUGGUCGCGGCUUUGUUAGAGUUUUGGAAAAGGUGACUCCUGUCUCUGCUGCGCCUGGGAAAGUGAUUUGUGAAAUGAAAGUAGAAGAACAGCAUACCAAUGAAAUGGGCACUCUCCAUGGAGGUUUGACAGCCACCCUGGUAGAUACCAUAUCAACGAUGGCUCUGAUAGUAUGCACGGAAAGAGGAGUACCUGGAGUCAGUGUUGAUAUGAACAUAACGUAUAUGUCACCUGCUAAAAUCGGAGAAGAUAUAGUGAUUACAGCCCAUGUUCUGAAGCAAGGAAAAACACUUGCCUUUGCAUCUGUGGAUUUGACCAACAAGGCCACAGGAAAAUUAAUAGCGCAAGGCCGGCACACAAAACACCUGGGAAACUAAGGGAACAGCGGUCAGACCUAAGGAAAGUCCCAACAAUGGAUACUGUGUAAAUGUGGUGAAUUUUUCAAAAUAAAUUAGCACAACCAGAGAAUAUAGCUAAGAAAUAUUUUCUUGGGGGAAAAGGAUAUAGAGACCAAGUUGCAUAGGGUGGGAAAGGGAUUUAAGCUCCUUGAAUUUUAUUUUUUAAUAAUAUGUACAUUACUUGGACAAAAAAGUUCUGAACUCAAAAGUGUUCUGAAAAGUUUGCAGGUAAAGCAGAGAAGCUAUGAGGGGCACUUUGUGAUAAGAUUACACAAGUAAUAUUAAGCUAAUGGAGAAACAUAAAUUUAAUGGUUAAUCCUUCCCAGCUCUAAAAUGCCAUGCCACAUUUCCAUUUCUUUUAUAACCAAAUUGUAAGAUUAUGGAACUUCAGAAUAAAUGAACCAUAGCCCAUAUUGGAAAAUAAAAUAUAUUGAGCCAUGUAGCCUAAAAUAGUCCUCAAUAAAGUUUGAGGCAAAGCAUCUUAAUGAUAUAGAAAAUAACACAAUAGGACCAUAUGUGCUGCUUUUCUGUGAAAAUUACGGGACACCUUUUAUAUUAAAGGGGACAAAACCUACUUAAUAGCCCUUUUUCUAGUACCUAGAAUAAAACCAGGUGAUCUUGAAUCUCCGUCUAUAGUAUUAAAAAGACCAUGUUCACCAAUUGCCUAGUUCAUUUCUCAAAAAUCUCAAAGUUUUACUGAUUGUGGCACUCUUAAUUUCUAGUAUCAGGGAAUCUUAGUCAUAUCAUUACUAAAGAUUGAAAGGAGGAAGCAGCUUUAAAUAAAUAUGAAAACAGGCAAGCUAACAGCUAAAGGUUGGUUAUCCUUUGUUUUAGAAUAGCUGCUAAUCUGCUCAAAGUAUAAGAAGCAGACUUCCUAAUAGCAGUCAGCACACAAAUCUUGAUUUCUAGUAUUUCCCACUAUAAAGAACCUGGGCUCCUUGGAGAAAUGGGAUUCCAGGGAUUCCAGGGCUGGUAGCUGGAACAAGGAAAUUACAAGAUAACUUAUCUUGUGCCUGAAAAGUCAGAAAGUGCUAAAAAGAUAGGGGAAUGCAAAUUAUGUAGCAUUGGAAAAAAAGGAAUCUGGCAAAGGAGGGCUCUUCCUUACAAUAGAAUGCUGAUAAACAUGGAGGGGGGCUAGACUUGAAACAUCACUCAAGUACAAAAUAAAUAAAUUUUAUAUUUUAAGAAAUUGGCCUGGUGUAUGGGAAUCCUGUAUUUUAUGCAUGACUGUCCUGUAAACCCACAACUUCUCUAGUCAAUUUUUAAAAAUUGACAUGUACUCUUCAAAAAUAUGUUAUGAAAUACAGAAAAGGCUGACGACCUGCUCCAGAUUAAAGGAGACUAGAGAAAUGACAACCAAAUGCAACAAUCUUGUAUUACAGAAAGAGAAAGCACUAUCAGGGAUGUUACUGGACAAUUAACAAACUGGAAUACAGAUGGUAGAUGCAAGUAUAUCAACAUUACAUUUCCUGAGUAUGAUAACUUUACUGUGGUUAUGUAAGAGAAUAUCCUUGUACUUGGGACAUACGCUGAAGUACUAAGGGGUAAGAAUUGAUGUAUGCAACUGACUCAAACAGUUCAGAAAAUAUGUAUAAAUACAUGUAGAGAGAAUGAAAAUGUGUCAAAAUAUUCUAAACAAUGUGAGUAAAGGUAUACAAGAACAACUUUUCUAUAUUUGAAAUUAAAAGUCUAAAAUAAAACAAA